CAACAUCUCAACCUCCGUCUCAAUCUCACGUCUCCUACCUAUACAAGAAGCAGUUUCUGCUUCCCCUCUCCGGCCAUGUUGUCGGGCGUCCUCAUCUUCAACCAAAAGGGCGAGAACCUCAUCUUCCGCGCCUUCCGCAACGACUGCCGUCCCCGUCUCGCCGACGUCUUCCGCAUCCAGGUCAUCUCCAACGCCCAAGUGCGCUCGCCCAUCCUGACCCUUGGGAGCACCACCUUUAGCCAUGUCAAGCACGAGAAUAUCUACCUGGUGGCCAUCACCAAGAGCAAUGCCAACGCCGCUCUGGUCUUUGAGUUCCUCUACCGCCUGAUCCAGCUCGGCAAGGGCUACUUUGGCAAGUUUGACGAGGAGGCUGUCAAGAACAACUUUGUCCUGGUGUACGAGCUGCUAGACGAAAUCAUCGACUUUGGCUACCCUCAAAACACCGAGACCGACACCCUCAAGAUGUACAUCACCACCGAAGGCGUCAAGUCGGAAUCCCGCCGCGAAGACACGUCCAAGAUCACCAUGCAGGCCACCGGCGCCCUCUCCUGGCGCAAGGCCGACGUAAAGUACCGUAAGAAUGAGGCUUUCGUCGACGUGAUCGAGGACGUCAACCUGCUCAUGUCGGCCACCGGCGCCGUCUUGCGCGCCGACGUCACCGGCCAGAUCAUCAUGCGCGCCUACCUCUCGGGCACCCCGGAGUGCAAGUUUGGCCUCAACGACCGACUUUUGCUCGAUAACGACGGCCUCCUGAGCCUCCCGAGCGGGAACAAGAUGGGUACAAAGGCGACAAAGGCAGCAGCCGGCAGUGUCACCCUCGAGGACUGCCAGUUCCACCAGUGCGUCAAGCUAGGCAAGUUUGACAGCGAUCGCAUCAUCAGCUUCGUCCCCCCGGACGGCGAAUUCGAGCUUAUGCGAUACCGUGCCACCGAGAACGUUAAUCUCCCCUUCAAGGUGCACGCCAUCGUCAACGAGGUCGGCCGGUCCAAGGUGGAAUACAGCAUCGGCGUCAAGGCCAACUUUGGCUCCAAGCUGUUCGCCACAAAUGUCAUUGUCAAGAUCCCGACGCCCCUCAACACGGCCAAGAUCACGGAGCGCUGCACCCAGGGCAAGGCCAAGUACGAGCCCAGCGAGAACAACAUUGUGUGGAAGAUUGGCCGCUUCACGGGCCAGAGCGAGUACGUCCUCAGCGCCGAGGCCAUCCUGACCAGCAUGACCAACCAGAGGGCGUGGAGCCGACCACCACUGAGCAUGAACUUUAGCCUGCUCAUGUUUACGAGCUCAGGGCUGUUGGUGAGGUAUCUCAAGGUGUUUGAGAAGAGUAAUUACUCGAGCGUCAAGUGGGUGCGGUACAUGACGAGAGCAGGCUCGUAUGAAAUAAGAUUUUAA